AUGUUCACAUUUACUAUUGCUAUUUUAUUUUUGACCAUUUUUAAUCAUGCACAAUGUGCCAUAACAGCUUCAGCUGUUCUUUAUGGUGAUCAUUCAUCAACAUCUCAUGGAGCUUUGAUAUUCACGCAAAAUGAUGAAAAUUCAGCUGUUCACAUCACUGGAACACUUUCAGGCCUAAAUGCUACUAGUUCACAUGGUUUUCAUGUUCAUCUUAAUCCUGUAUCAGAUGGUUCACCAAAUUGUACAGCUGCCGGACUACAUUUUAAUCCAUAUAAUACUCUUCACGGUCCACGUACAGCAGAUAUAAUGCAUCGACAUGUUGGUGAUCUUGGAAAUCUAACAACUGACGCUAGUGGUAAAGUUAAUGUUGAUAUACAAGAUUCGAUUAUUCAAUUGGGUUAUAACAAUCGAAGUAUUGUGGAUCGAACUAUUGUUGUUCAUCUUCUUCGUGAUGAUGGGGGGAUGGGUGGCUUCAGUGAUAGUACUACCACAGGAAAUGCUGGUGCUCGAAUUCUUUGUGGACUAAUCCUCAAAUCAAGUGCAUUUGAUAUUAAACCAACUAUAUUAUAUACAAUGUUCACAUUUACUAUUGCUAUUUUAUUUUUUACCAUUUUUAAUCAUGCACAAUGUGCCAUAACAGCUUCAGCUGUUCUUUAUGGUGAUCAUUCAUCAACAUCUCAUGGAGCUUUGAUAUUCACGCAAAAUGAUGAAAAUUCAGUUGUUCACAUCACUGGAACACUUUCAGGCCUAAAUGCUACUAGUUCACAUGGUUUUCAUGUUCAUGUUAAUCCUGUAUCAGAUGGUUCACCAAAUUGUACAGCUGCUGGACCACAUUUCAAUCCAUAUAAUACUCUUCAUGGUCCACCUACAGCAAGUAUAAUGAAUCGACAUGUUGGUGAUCUUGGAAAUCUAACAACUGAUGCUAGCGGUACAGUUAAUGUUAACAUACAAGAUUCGAUUAUUCAAUUGGGUUAUAAUAACCGAAGUAUUGCGGAUCGAACUAUUGUUGUUCAUCUUUUUCGUGAUGAUGGCGGACAAGGUGGACAUGCUGAUAGUAAUACAACAGGAAAUGCUGGUGCUCGUAUUCUUUGUGGACUAAUCAUCAAAUCAAGUGCAUUUGAUAUUAAACCAACUAUGUUUGUUAUAUUUAUGGCUAUGUUUAUUGUCAUAAUGAAGUUAUUUUAA